GUGAGAGCUUGUUGACAAGAAAUGGCGAGGAGAGUGAGCGCUCCAGGUCCAGCACGUUUAAGAGAAAAUGAUGAAUCAGCUGGAGAUAGCGAAAAAUCGUCAUCCUGGCUAGUAUGUAAUGCUAAUGGAUGCUAUCGACUUGGGUAAGUGUUAUAGGCGAUUUGGUGGGCGAAUGAACUUUUACAUGUACAAGCGUCGGAAGAAUAUACUCGACCGGUAGUUCCUAAUCAUAUAUUCCGGUAACUAUCUAUCGUAUAAAAUUACCACGGUGCUUGUUUCUCACAAAGUGUGUAAUCUUGACAAUCGUUACAGUUGGCAGCUAAGACUAAAGCUGAUUUCCCAGACUGUCGUGCUCAUGUUGUGUUUAUGUAACGUUGCUUUGUGAUACCUACUGCACCAUCUUUCCUGUCCAUCUCACAAUUCCUAAACACAACCAACAGUGCCGGUGAAAUUUGACUCCAAAAGUGGUCAAAAGAGUCAAAACAUAAUAACUGAGGAGCAGAAAUGUUGGUGGCUCUGCAAUGAGUACAAUAAUUACUAACUCAUGAAAACAGCUGUCUUAAUGUAUACAUUCGACUCACUAGAAGUAUUGUUUUAAAGUGUUUUGAAUGGACUUGCUGUUUGCAAAGCUAUUUGAUAUUUGAGUCAAAUUCUGGACAAUCUAUUGGAAGUGACUCAGUUUUUUCUCCAAUAAUCGAAAUUGUAUGUAGUACUUCUUUGAUUAAGAACUGGUCUGCACCGACUGAAUCCGAAGGAAUCUGUUGAAAACUACAUGAUUAUGAUAAUUAAGUUCCGCAGUGAUUGUGGAUAUUGGACCACCUGUGUGAGAGAAAUUUAACUACAAGAAACAUAUCAAGCUGUGCAGGGUUGGGGGGGGGGGGCAAAUAAAAACGAAUGUUCAGUUGCCUUGAUCUUGCAAACUUAACAUUUCCCCUAAAGAACUGGCGCAGGUGGACACAUAAGUGUGAUCACAGCUAAAAUAUCCUCACCACAGACUGUGAAAACAUUGGUUAAAGAAAAACCUGUGAGUGUUUCAUUGAAAAUCAAAGUCUGGAUUUUAAAAGUCCUAUGAAAGCAUUACUAAGCCAGGUUAAUGGUUAUUUAACUCUUGACAGACAUGAAUUUUUUUUAAAGGUGAAAGUUUCUCUUAAGGAGGAUUGAUUGACCAAGGCAUUGCAAUCAGGCUUAAUCUGGGUAAAUUUUAAGCUUGCACUUCUAAUAAAAGAAGAUAAAAGUGUGGGUCAAAAAACAAUUCAGUCCAUACUGAUUCAAACUCCAGACCAACUUAUUUUUAUGGUCUGAUGCUCCACCACAGAUGAGGUGGUGUUGUCAGUGGACAACUCCAUAUGAAUAACUAUAACUUUGUUGAGACAUUCCAUUAUAAAAGGUAGAGCAGUGCAGGCACAGUUAUAACUAUUCAGUGAAGACACCUCAAAUCUAGCAGUAACUGUGUAGAUAAUUUAUACUAAGCUGGUCCAUAUACAAUAAAAUGAAGGGGGAAUUAAGUUUCUGAAGAAGAUGAAGUGCUGUCUCGUUACAAUUUACACUAUCAACUGUGUUGAUAAUGUAAAUUGGCCACCAUUAAGAGUUUCUAAAGCUGACAUUAUGUUAUUUAACCCCUCCUCUAUUCGCUUUGACAAAGGGCUAAUGCUUGAGAUGCCAGUCCAAGAGACUUUUCAUGGAGACCAAUUUACAUUAUCAACAAAGUUGAUUAAACAAGAUUGUCUCAAAUACAGUACAACAAACCACUUUUUGUAGAGCAUGUCUGAAUUUUAAAUUUUAAAUUUGAAACUGGUGGAAGCUGAUGAAUUUUACAUGUAUAUAGAUGAGGUGACCAUGGCAUCUAUGGGGCUAGGCUUCACUUGUUACCACUGGAAGAGUAAAAUUUUGGAAAAAAUGGUGCAAGAAGUACUCAUACUCAUGUUUCUCAUACCCAUUGACAAUGGAAUGUCACAUCUUUUGUUUUGUUUUUUCUUUUUCAAUACCCAUCAUGACUGAUAAAUGAUCACAAGGUUUAGAGCCCAGACUUGCAUGAUAGUUAAUUACCACUUUUGAUGGGACUUAUAAUCACUUGUUUUACUCUUAUCCAAUUUGAAAGUUGGAAUUUUGAAGCAAUAGAUAUUUGUAUGCAUUCUUGGUUGUGUGGCCUUUUGAAAGAUGGUUGGAAUAAGUAACUCACUGCACAUCUCUGAAAUCACUUUCAGAAAGAUAUAGAUAAUUAAGUUGGUUAUUACAGCCUGAUUAUUUAAGCAAAGUUUUGGCAUUGUUUAGAAAAUUCAUGUUCUAGACAAUCUUCAGUUUAGCUGAGUCUUUUAUGUGAACACUUGUUCUGAGAAUAAUGUCAAGAAAGCUGAAAUAUAAUUAAAUCAACCCUCUUGUAGAGAAAGCCUGAGGCCCAUUUAUUGGGUUAGGGCUUGUGUGAAUAACCAACCCUAAGAUUUUAAGUACUUGUAUAAUGAUGGGUUUACAGGCUUGUGGUGAUGGAACAAAGCAAUCACAAAAGAUGACAAAACUGGAGAAAGAUAUUUCAGUAGGUUCGAAUAGUAGUGAGGAAGCAAAAUUGUGUUCUUCAUUAAAUACUUCACAAGUCUGUGUUUCUAAAAAAGGAAGUGUUUCAAUUCAACAUCAAACCAUAUGUCAAUCAUUGCACAUUCUCUGGGAACCAGACUCCUUAGGUCAUACCAAAUAUUGGUGUCAGUGCAUAAUAUCCUUACUCCCUUGACUUUAUAAGUGCUAUAAUUAUGUACGGAUUUUUUUAUUGGAUUUUCUCCAAUAAAAGAGAAAGAAAAAAUAAUGUGAUAUAGGGACCAAGGUGUUAGUAAGACCAAGUGUUAGAAAGGAGUUAACAGGUCUGAAAUAUGAACCAAAGAAAGGAGUAUUAUCAAUUAAAAGUGAUAUUGAUUUAUUUCUAGGAAUUAAAUGAGACUUAGAGAGAAGUUGUCUCUUUGUUUGAAACAAACCUGAGAAGAAAUGAAAUUAGGCUUUAGUCACUUGAAAAUCAGAACAAUGCCUUCCAAACAAGUGCUAAUGUCAAUUGCUUUCUUAAGUAACUCUUGAAAAUAAUUUUUUACUGUGGGUCAAACAUAAUAAGCAGUCAGUCUUAUUUGAUGAUAUCAAGGUUUGCCAGUGGUUAUCAAUAUGCAAUAUAACAUCUUAUGUUACAUUGUACAUCACUGGCAGCACCCAUGGGCAAUAUGAAAUGAAUCCUGUGUUUGUCAUUGGCCCAUCUUGCCUGCUCAGGAUUUCCCACUUUGAUCCUGCACAAUAAAAACAUUUCAUAGUGCUGACUAUCAAAGUUCAUAAUUUUUGGAUAAUGUUGUGAUGGAGUCACAAAAAGUGGCAGAAGACAGUAAAAACAGAAAAAAAGUAAAUGACUGUUGUGGGCCUAUUGUGCUACAAACACAGUUGGCUAUUUUCCCGGCUCUUGAAAGAAACAAGUCAUUCAUGAUUCUUAUAGAUUGAAAUUGUUUUGGUAUGUAUUAAAUCCUUUACUGACCAAGCUUGUUCAGGCAAGAUGGCUAGAUAUUAGCCAUUAUGGACCUCACCUUCAUCUCUGUCCAUAAAUACACAAAAAAAACUUGGCCAAUACCCAGUCAUUACAACCUAACACUUGGUCAAUAUUGCACAUGUAUAACAUUUUCACCACUGUGGUCAGUGACCGGAAAUCAUGUUUAGGGUCCCUGCUGUGGUAGAAACCAUAAUCUUGUAAACUUUCCACUGUUACUUGUCAGCUUUUCCAGACUUUCUCUAGCUAUAGUCUGUGGCAGGUUUAUGGGAUCCUCCUAAGGGUGGUAGACACACCCAUAAUGUACAUGAAGUUGUUGCAAAAGAUAAGAUGGAAAAAAAAAACCUUUUUAUCUUAAUAAAAUCCUUUCCCACUAUCUCAGCACACACCCUAUAAUGAAAUCACCAAAUUUUAUUGAUGAGAGCUCAAGUCUGUGGAUGAAACUGAAUUUUUAUUUUGAGAGGAGUCACCUGAAAUAGAAACUGUAUACCCAAUGAUGAAGGAGAUCAAGGAUGCUCUUUGAAGUUUCAUGACUGCAUCAACCAGCCUUGAGUGUGCUGUGAAGUCAGCCUUUCGUCAAUGGCUAUCAUUUAAUAUAGCUGUCAUACAGGGAUCAUACAUAUAGUUAGCAUGAUCAGCUUUCAUUGAAGCUACAAGGGUUGAAAUACAAAAGAAUGAGCAAUAGUAUCGCAAAUUAAUAUGCUGCAAUUUGCUUUCAGUUUCACCUUCACUCUUCAACUGACUGACUGUUGUCCUGUUCCGCACUUCUCCAGUAUUUGAUCUCUUUCUUCAAAAAUUGUUUAAAAAUCAAUUUGAAUUUGGUGGACAUUCAUCAAUAUUGAAUUGGUGGGGCUUUCACCAUAACUCCGAUACUUAAUAGAAUAUGUAAUAAAUUGAUCUCAGUUGCGAUCUGCAUAAGUUCUUGUUGAAAGAGUUAAAUUGUUUAAUUUUCAGAAGCGGAGGUAGCAGAUCCAGGAGAAGAUCAAUAAAUCCUCCUCCACCUGUACUUCUCUUUGGAAGGAAAGGACACCUGUGGGAAGAUGAAAAGAAGCGCAGGUUAGUUACUAAAUAAAGAAAUACUAAAUAAAGAAAUACUUAGCAAAGCCAGGGUAGUCCUUUGGAGAGCACCAGUUUAUCGGCAAAAUAUGAUGUCAUUAUGAAGGAGAAGAAGAAUUUAAUUGGCUAUUUUCGAUGUAUUAAAAAUCUAAGUUACACAUGGCUUCGAGGCUAAGGGGGAUAAAACAAAGAAUUUAAAUAUUGAUCCCUCAACCUCGAUGUGAUUUCUUAUGUUUUUUCCCCCAAGCCUCGGAGCCAUGGUUGAAUUUUAAUGUAUCGAAUUAUAAAGACUCCCAAUUUAAACAUCAAUGGAAAGCGAAAUUUCAAACUCAAGAAGCUAACAGAGCCGAAUAAAGAUAUUGCAAGGGGCAGCAAAUAAAGAUACAAAUAAGAAAAAAGAUGUUUCAACACACAGAUACAAAGAACACCUCAUUUAGAGGUCUGGUUGGAAUUUAAAAGGGAAUGAAAUAUCCUCCAAGAAGCAUACAGGGCAAACAUAUUCGUUGUGGGGCCGUCAGUGUACUUUCCUUAAUUUGUGAUUGACACAAAAACAAGAAAAGUCCAGCUUACUGCGUUUUAACUGAACAAUUUAACACAAAGGGAACUAAUGGUAAAGAGGGUUAGGCGAGCGCCUGUGGAACUGAUUGAUCAUGGUUGGUGGUAAAUUCCGAAGGUAGCGAAGCAAAGGCCUCACCGAGGUUUCGCGAAAUUGCCAUAUUAUGCAAAAGAAAAAAUACCAAAUCCCAAGAAAACAAAAUGGUCGUGCAAAAAAACUAACAGAGAAUGGAAGCGGAAAAGCUACACUCUAUGUAGGUAACAUCAAACAUGCGAUGCCUUUUUUUAUGGGCGUCGUUCACAUGUUGUGCUCUAUGGCGGCCUUUCUCGAGGACAGCUAAUUUGAAUUGGUAAUUUGGUAUUCUCGACUGAGUUGAUAACGUAAAUUGGCCGCUGUUAAGAGUUUCUAAGCUGAAGUUUCGAGCGUUAGCUCUUCGUCAAAGCGAAUGGAAAAAUUGUGGUUUGUGUGUGGGUUUUUUCUGCAGAAAAUGGAGUACGCUAUUGGCGGGAACAUUGUAACUAUAAAAACAAGACUAAAUUAGUUGAAUAAAAAGCGUUCGGUGAUAUACUGGGGUUUAAGAUUACCAAUUUGAGAGGUUUUUGCUCUAGAGUUUUGCGGUUUAAGAGUAACAAUUUGAGAAAUGUUUUCUCUAGAGUAUUGCCGCUUUCCGAACUACCUAGAGAUGUAGGGAAAGGCCGUAAACUGCUAAAUGCUGCUUAGAAUGAUAAGGAAGGUUUAAGUGUCCAGUGACUGGUUUGGAUGCAUCCUUGUCAUUUCUUUCUGCUUCGCGAAAGUGUUCUUGGAAUCGGUCACGUAGUCGUCUUCCUGUUUCACCAGUACAUGACUUUUUUGCAACGGGUGCAAGUUAUGCAAUAGAUUACUUAACCUAAACACUAUGUCGAUGUGAAGGUCACCCACAGACCUACACAACGGUUGACGCUUUCUUUGUAAAUAUUUUACGCUUUUUUCGUGGCGUGAGCAUGAGAUGCCUGUGGUAGAUGCGGCACACUUUGAUUGCCAACCCUCCGUAUGUUAGUCCCGCAAUCCAACAACUCGUAAUCGAAGAUACCUUUUCGGACGUCCUCUUUGGAGAAGUUAGUUUGUUGCCAAUUUUUGGUCAAUAGUUUGCACUAUCUUACUUAUUGAUCAAGAGUGUUUGAAUUUCCUCCAUCGAAAGUGAGAGUGUUUUAUUUUAUAAAAAACUUCCACGAUGUUUUAGGAGGUAUGUUGGCGUCGAAAGUUUUGGUUUUAUCUCUGUCGACCACAACUUAUUUUCAAAAUUAAUUGCCGAACAUUUGAAACAAUAUUGAUUAAAACAGUGUGGUAAACCUUUUCAAAGUUUUGACAUCGUGGCAUUGUAAAUGGAAUGGGAGGUUCAGUGAAUCACUUUUGAAUCGUCAUUGUCCUUAUCAGGAAAAAAAAAAGCACCGCUGUCCCCGUGAAUUCUUUACGGCUAAAUUAUACUCCAUAUACAUAGCAAAUAUGGAACCAAAAGUUAUUUAACACUUUCAACCGAAAAUUUUAUCUUCGUUUAGUCAUUUCGUUAUCAGUUUUCAUAAGUAUUGUUUCCUACUGAUUGGUUCGAUAUAGAUUUGCUCUGCGUAAUUUGAAUCAUGAACGAGUAUAUUGUACCCAUUUCUUUCAUUUUUUUAUCAUGUGAAAAACUAGUUUUACUUCGCUAGGAUCUUGAUCCGCCGAAUUGGCUCCGAGUUAGGAAGACGGGCGUUCGUGAUUGUAAGCCUCUUAGCGAUGUAUUAUUGGACAUGUACGAGGUAAAUGAUUCUUGGUUGAUAUAUAUAUGACUAGCUCUUGGCGGUUGUUUGCAUUCGAAAUUCCUAUAAGGAGAAUGGUGUUGAAUUAUCUUGAUCUUAUGAAAAAUCGUUAAAGCACAUGCAAAGAAAGUUCGUCAGACGUUUUUUUUACAAAGAAUAACUUUAUCUAUUGACCAGAAACAACAGGGGUAUCAAUAGACUCGUGUAACAGAUGUAUUUUGCCUAUUGUGACACACGAUGACAUGGCUUACCCAUUAUUGUAAGUGGAAUUUUAUCAACUCAUUACAAAUUUUUUGCGAAGACGUCGUAUUUUGAUUUCUCUCCUGCUUUACAUGCAAGGUUCCGUUUCACUUUUACGAUAUCAAAACACUUGCUGUUUUUUACCCCAAAAUACAAAAGCAAUUCGUUGGUAAAUGUAUUAAAUACUACAGCAUAUUAAAUCAAAUGCAAUGUUGAAGUGCUUGAAUUUCAAUUUAAAAAAUUUUACAUUGUAUUUACGUAGACCACAGAUGCCGAUAAAAUGGCGAAAAAAAAGACAAGUAUGGAGCUAGCAGUGUAAUGUUUAAGGCUAGGUCGCAACUCGUACGUGCGUAUUUAGAAAUGGGGGGAAACGGUAGCUUUUGCCGUCGAGUUCCAUACAGUCCGGUUAAUCUUGGAAUGUUGUCCCUUCUUUUUUUCUUUUUUUUUGAGCACUGGCACUGAAUAAAUGAUUACACUGAAUAAAUCUCCCAGGAAAACUGUUAUGUUUUGGAUGUGUCACUUCGACGUUAAAGUGCAUGAGAGUUUGCUUAUAUUUCUUAUUCUUGCCCGAGACAGUUGGAACAUAACUUCAUUAAGAGAGAGAGCGAGAAUUGCCACAUUUUGAAUUUUAAUUUCCUCGCAUCAUUCUCAACAGUACGUGACCAAAACACCUCGUGAUUGUCGGUUUUUACACCGACGUGCUUUGCUUCUUUUUAAUAACGAUGGGAACAAUAGAGAUUUGACGCCUUUAAGUGUCAAACUGGAAGAACUCGGUACGCAGGCUCACUACGUAACCUAGUCCCUUUAAGCCCAAGAGCAUGCCUAGAAACAACUGGGCUGUAAAAUUCGUUAUCAUCUGACAUCCUACCUGUAAGAGUCGCUCCUAUGUUAUUCAUCUCAGUAAAAUUUCCGUACAGCCCCAUACUACUGUAAAACAAAUCUGUUUUCCCAAUGGAAAUGUAUUGUUCUUUUCAUUGUUUUCUAGAUCCAAGAACUGAAUGUAUAAUGUAGUAUGGGGCUGUUCGGAAAUUUUACCUUCAUCUCUCCUCUGCUAAUCAGUCGAUAAGUCAUUCUUAUUUUAGUCACUUUGACGUCAUUGGAUUCUCUGCGACUGACAAACGAGUACCAAAAUCAUUUUGCUUUUGCUCUUCGUAGUAUUUGUUCCUUACCUUCUUUGGUGAUGAUAUUUGAGAAUUAUUUUUUUUAAUGCUAAUUUCACAUCUUUUUCUGUUAGUUGUUUUUGUUCUUCGUACUGGUGUAGCGGCAGAAUAGCAACUCUCUUCUGGGAACUAUCGCUUGUUAUGUAAAAAUCAUUAUUGCUCAUCUCAAACAUGAUAUGUGUUUUGUAAGCGAUAUUGGCUUUGAUAUUCAAAACUUCUUCCCACCAAGUCCUCGGUUCGUGUCCUCUCGUUUUGUUAUCACUAUUUUUAGGUUUUUACCAAGAGACCCCAAGUGUGAUAUUUCGGCAUAUUGCGUCCUAAAUUUUUAAUUAUUGCUUCUCCAUAACUCAUACUGAAUUGUAAAAAAGCCUACUUUCAUUUAUGUUCCAUUGGAUUGUAGAGAAUUGUGCUUGCGUAAUGAACAUGACCUUAGAGAAUGUUCAGUUAUGGUCAACUUAGUGCUCUAUUUUUUUUAUGAAAUAGUCCUCAUAAAUCCUAAAGGAUUGCGAAAUUUUAAACGUUUCGCUUAGCCAGUCAAUUUACAAUUAUCCACUUAUCAGUGUUUCGACCACUGUCACGAUUGUCUCUGGAAAUCAGUUUGAACGACUUGCCUUAUCAGUAUAUUUCUUGUUGAAUUUGCGUAGAACCCGUAGAACAUACGUCUUGUAUGUGCGUAUUCAGAACCUCGGGUUAAAUCUGGAGUAUUGAUUUUUAGCUUGAUCUCUUAAUUGAUAAAAGCUUGGUUCUUCACUUGCUUGAACAAUGAUGUUAAUUUAAUUUGAUAAUAUGCAUAACAACACACAUUAUUGGGCGUCAUUUGCUCCUCACGUUUUGGCGAGUGAUCGUCAUACACAGCUCAUCAGAAGCCGGCCGAACGUCGUUCUUUACGCCGAGUGAUAUUUGACGUCGUGUUACAAAACGGAAACAAGCUUUGUUAAAAUUCAUGUUUCGUGUCGAUUGAGAUAGUUUUCCGCGUUAUGGAAUCAUCGUCUCUUAAUGGUUUUGUCUUCCCCUGUUCAUAUGUUAUGAAGGCUAUUUCGGCAAAGAAAUUGCAGAGGAAAAAUGAUCAUCGGGGUCGCAAAUGGAUAAAUGGGAAAUUCAACUUGAAGCCGACUAAUCAGUUUGAGCCGUUUCCAAGCGACCAGAGUCAAAGAAAUUCAAAGGAGGCUUCCACAAACUGGUAAAAUAUCUUCUCAACUUCUGUCUCUAAUGCAUAAGUAGUUCGGUAACUAGUCUGACAUGUUUUUGAAAUCCCCACUUGCGCCAAAUAAUAAUAGGGCUCAAUUGAACAUACAAAUAUAGAUUUUUAUUUAAAUAAACGAAAUUAUCUUCUGAAUUUUUGGAGACUUUACAAAACUUUUUCCUAAUUGUUUUAGAUACACAAACAAGAUAUUUUGUCGAGAAAACAAUAACAAUCUCAGUGACUAUGCUAAUGAAGGCCGCAUGUUGAACUACUUUCGUCACGGUUACGAUUUUUUGUUUGCUAUAACCAAAGUAAUAGUUGUCAAUCAAAGGUGUUGUCAAUCAAAGGUGUUGUCAAUCAAAGGUGUCAAUAUUGUUCGUUCUCGUUUGUUUUAAAUGUUUUUAAGUGGUUUUUUUCUGGGGGGGGGGGGUUUUCAUUUCGUCUUUUUGUGUCGUUGCUUGUGGUAACUCAAAUCAAUGACGUUUAAUGACGUGAUAUUUAUGAAAAGAACAAAGAAGGACAAACAAAAGACACGCAAAUCUGCUACACUCUAACCGUUAAACUAAUUGUUUAAGUUAUGAAGGCUUGCGUGGGUGCGGUCGUUUGAAGUUUGAAUGAAACCUUACACAUCUAUUCUCAGCCUCUCUUGAAUAGCCCUUGACGUUUCGUAAACAUAGCUCUCACCUGCAGCGAUUUAUUUUUCGUUCACUGAAUAAAUGUGCUUUAGCUAAUAAAUAACCCUUUCUAAUAGUUCGUUAGUUUUCUUGUUAGUUUUAGUGCCAAUGGUUAGUAUGUUGGACACAUUAGCUCAGGCAAUUUCCCAUCAAAAGUAAAGCCCCAAGUUUGAACUGUUCCGUGUCCUGUUGGGUUUUUAAUUUAUUUCCCGACGUCAUUUACGCAGAUUAAUAGUUUCUUGGAAAUACAGGUUCAGUACUGAUUUUAGGGUCGGAUCGGUCUUUAGGAUAUACUUGUAUUUUCGGAAAUAUUCUCGCUUCCAGGCAGGUAACCGCGUUUUUGUCUUCUUCGAAUACCACAGGUGGAAUAUCUACGUUGUGCUGGGUGGUCAUUAGUUAACACAAACGUGAAUAUCUUACCGUUGAAACUUGCUUUCUCACUAACAAUAUUCUAGUGGUGAGGUUUUAUGAUAACGGACCUCCUGAAACUGUAUUGCAAAUGAAACUGGGUUAAACCUUUUUUAUAGACGAAGAUAUAUAAUAGCCUUUGCAUGUUCUUAACUUAAUCACGUAAUGAUGAACGACUUUGUGGUGGGCUUAAAGCUAAAUAUUUGCUUGAAAUCCAGGAGAAAUCUCAAACAAACCAUCAAACUUCCUUUUGUCUCACAUCAGACCAUGGUGUAGAUGAGGUAGUACUACUAUUGACGUCUGGGUCAUGUCAGUCUUCUCUCAGAUUAAAUAUGUUUAACCAAAUGCAACUUCGUUCCUCCAUAUUCCUGCUAUAGCAACCAUGUAGACCCCUCGGAGCACUUCUUGGCCUGGGCCAAGCCACCCCAGAAUGUGUUAGUAAUAAAAAAACUAAUGGAUCAGGAGGUGACGGAAAGCUUUAAGGAACUCACCCGAUGGCUCACAGAGGUGAGGCCAAAGUUGAUUGUACUAUGUUUUAGAGAACCAGGAUGUUAUGGUAUGUCACGUCUGAGGUGAAUAUAAAUCUUUGCGAAAACUGGAGAAUAUUUGUUGAUAUCCCCCAAUUUUCCGUAAACUAAGGAUUCAGUGCAGUAAAUGUCUUCUUUACAAAAAUGGACACAAGUUGGGAGAAUGUUUUCCUGUUGGUAUACAGAGGACGAGACAAACAUGUGUACAUUUAUUGCCAAUUAGAUUUUAGGGAUAAUAAACACGUUAGCGCCCAAUUGGCUUGAAAUAAUCCGUUUAUAUUUGUCCUUGGACAUAAUCGGCUGUUUUCUCGAGGCUCAGCAGCAGUUUUCAACGACGUUCGCACUCCCAAACGUUUUCUUCUCUGCACAGUUGUUCGCGGAAAAAUACUCUAGCAUUAAAUGAGCGCCAAAUGGAGUAUAUACAGUUUAUAUAGAGAUUAUUCCAUGGAAAGUGCGCACGAAUGAUUUUUAUUCACGAGUUGCGAUGCAUCGAAAAAACGCACGACGGAGCGCGGAGAACGAGUGAGUUUUUGAUGCAUCGCAACUCGUGAAUAAAAAUCGUUCAAGCAUUUUCCAUGGUAUGAUGUUUUUAUUUCGUACUUACUAAGUUUUUUUUCACAUUUCAAUUCAAAGAUUGGAGGCGAACGACUGUGACAUACAUCGUUCGUCCAAUCGGAGACACGAACGAACUUCACAGUGUAAAUCUCACUAUGUAUGAAAUAAAUAUUAUUUUGGAUGUUGAAUACCUUUUCUAUCUUCUAUUGAUAAUUUCAUAGGAGAGAAAAAUGGUUAUUUACGCGGAAGAAUCUGCUGUACGGGAUCUUCUAGUACGCAAAGACGAAAAAUUUACAUGUGUGAGAUCGAAAAUGUGCAUUUUUAAAGAGGGUAAGUUGUCUUGCCUAUCUCUAUGAAUGAAAGUAUGCAUACAAACUGAAUCGAACCUGAACGUUUUGUUGGUUUAAGCAUCUUUUUUUUCAAACAAAAGAUGCUAAAUAAGCCAUUUAUCACCAAGCAAUAGAUAUUCUCUUAUCAUCUGCGGAUGAAGAAAGACGAGCACCUUUACUUUCAUUACAUGCGGUGAUUUGAUCACGCAUAACCGCGUGUUUGAUUUCUUUUCUGUUGAUAACUCUUCAGGCGACCAGUUAGAUGAUAAAAUCGACUUUGUCAUCUGCAUGGGAGGGGAUGGAACACUUUUGCAUGCUUCAUCUUUGUUUCAGGUGAGUAUCCAAAUAGUUUGUGUCGGUAGUCGAUGGUAUUUGAUGAAUUUUCGAUUAUUGCUAAAGAUGUUUGUGAAUUACAAGAUCGUUUGUGUCUUUCCAACUUGAAACAUAGUGGACCAAGAAAGCAUGAAUUGCUCUCCAGAUUGUGCAAAGAAGUAAAUGUAUGGGUGAACCGCCUGAGUGAAGAGACCGGUGCAAUGUUAGAUCCAGUAAAAGUGCGCUGCAUCAGAGCCCUCGUCCGAGUCUUGAGUAGGGCUUUAAGGAUAAUUAAAGGAAUAGCUCCCUUCGCGUGCUUUGAUCAGUGACGAGCCAAAAAUAUUGCUAUGAAGGGGACACAAUAAGCAACCGUUCGGUUUAUCUAGAAUACCAAAUGACAACCACUCCUCAGACUGAACUCUUGAAAAUCGUGUCAAAACGCGUUUUAAUGACGGUACAGCUGACUGUCAGUCUUGUAGGUGACUUCUGUGGGUGGGAAGAGAGUCCUAACAGCAAAGUCUCUGUAACCCAUGUAAAUAAUAAGAGCAGACUAAAAGCCAAAGUACAACUCAAGUACCAUUUUGCUUUUUACAGUCCAGCUGCCCUCCUGUUAUGGCAUUUCAUCUUGGUUCUUUGGGAUUUCUCACGUCGUUUAGAUUUCAAGAUUUUCGAGAUAAAAUAACCAAAAUCUUAGAAGGUGAGUUUGACUUCUUGUGGCCCCAAGAGGGGCUCCAGGAAGAACAAGCUUUUCUUUAAAAUAUACUCAAAUUGACUCAAGCUUUCAUGCCUGGAAUUGGCCGUGAUGGAAGGGAACUCAAAGGCAAUUCAUUGUACCAUGGUAGCAUUGUUCUCUCUCCUUAGGGGAGCAUCAGUAUGAUGAGGGAACAUUACACGGAGAGAAUAGUCCUUAAGCUACUCGCAUUUCUAAUUGCUUUUGAUAUAUUGUUAACGUAGAGAAUUUUACAGGUCGUGCGGGCUUAACUCUAAGAAGCAGACUCCAGUGUGACUUUAUCAAGCGUGACAAGGAAAAGACACGUCACUUGGUUUGUCCAUCUGUAGCAUAUUACUGACUCAUGGUUUAGGAGCUGCUUAGUUGUUGUUGUAGAUUUCGACUCUCCGCAAAAAGGCUUAAUUACCUAAUUAGGGGUUUAAAAUAACGAAUGUUCUUCUCUGAGCCCGGCAUUUUUGUUAAGAGUUUUAUGACAGUUUGCCUUAAGCUUGUCGUAAAAAAAAAUUAAAAUAAACAAACACGCAGAAAAAGACAAAGCAAUUUAAAAAAAAAACAAUUAAGACCUGCGUAAUAGUGUACAGGCUUUGAGAAUUCAUUGUUUGAUUCCACCUGUACUAAGAGGGGGCACUCUCAAACCAGAUGGGGCUUGUGCAUGUAAGAGUGAGGUAGUAUUUUUGGUGAUUAAAUCGAGAUUAUGGAAUAAAUGUCAAAAGCCACUGUUUUCUAACGUUGAUACUUACUAUUAUUUGUAAAAAAAGAACCUGUUCAAUUAUAGUAUGCUGAAGUAGUUCCUCUUUAAUGGGUACUUUAUUCAUCACAUUUGCCUGAAGGUUCUUAAUCCACUCUUCGUGCAUGUGGAUGUUUUACUGCAGUCUUACAUUAGAGUGCUGACCAUCAGUAUUCGGAUUUCAAUCGUUACCGUCUUCUGUGAAUUCCUUUAACUUUUUAGUCCAGUUUUAUUUUUUUGGUAUACUACUUUCUUGAAUUAUUUUUAAUGAUAGGUACAUGUGAUUUUGCCCUACAGGUAUUGAACGAGGUGGUCGUUGACCGUGGUCCGUCUUCGUACCUCACAAACUUAGAAAUAUAUUGCAAUGACCACCACAUCACAUCCGUACAAGGAGACGGUAAGAUGCUGUCCCUUCACACUCAUCCUGUUCUGUCAUUUAUUUUCUUAGAUCGUCAGUGUACAAAGGUGUAUUGCAUACUAAUUUCCAAAAGCUUUCAAAGGAAUCACGCUGAUUAGAUUAUCAACUUGCAGUUGAUCCUUGAGAAUUCAUUCCCAUGACCGUGACAUGUACGUUGUUAAUAACCUUGAUUUUUGCAGGUCUUAUCGUCUCCACCCCAACUGGCAGUACAGCAUAUGCAGUAGCUGCAGGAGCCUCGAUGGUUCACCCCAGCGUGGCCGGAAUCUUAGUUACUCCUGUCUGUCCGCACUCUCUCUCAUUCAGGCCCAUCAUCCUCCCGGCGGGAGUAGAACUUAAGGUAUAAAGAGCUUAUAAAAUUGGAAAACUUAAAUGAGACAAACGAACGAGUAGUUAAAAAACAAAAGCUUCUGUUUUGUAAGUAAGCAAUGUUAGACUCAAGAACUGCUUUUUCUCUUUCUCUAUGCAACUAUAGAUUGUAGUCAGUUCAGAGAGCAGAAGUUCAGCUUGGACCUCAUUUGAUGGAAGACAGCGACAAGAACUUCACGUGGGAGACAGGUGAAGAUUUAUCUUUGUCUUCAUGCGUUGUGUCUUUUUCAAGUCAUCGUUUCAGACACCAGCUAACUUGUUCACUGUUAGACUAAGUACAGCACAGGCAGCCAUAGCUCCAGCUACGAGAUGAUAUCGAUCAUCUUGCGAAAUAAGGUCAUGUAAGGAAAUAUUUACGACCGCUCCUAGGAAUAAAAAAUGCAGUCAAAUUCUCAAUAAAACAUACCUCUCCUUAUACUUGGGCUGCCUGUGGGUACAGAUAAUGUUUUUUAGAAGAUCUGGUAUAGGUUCGGGACGAAAAAAAUUAACACCUCUCAUAUAAAGUGACACUAUGGUGAAUUCGUGGAUUUACUGUCCAGAAUAUAGUUUGAAUAUACAGUGAAUGUAUCGAGAAAAAGAACUGAGCUGUCAUUCCCACAAAUUGGCCAUGUUUGACAAUCGACACGCCAUUUUUCAUAAGUCUCUCCAGGCUUGUGUCACGGAAACUGCAUAUCGAGAUGAGGUACAUCUAUUUUUGCACGCAUACGGAUUGAGUGAAGCCGUUCAUUCGAAGGGCAGCAAAAUCAGUCGAUCAGGACUUGUGUUAGCAGGAGGAGAGAUCAAUUUUGUUGUCAGAUUUACGUAAGUGACGACCUCAGCUAGGAGGAACUAUCCUCUCUUUCCAAAGUUCACCAUUGUUUUUACUUUUCAGCAUUCAAAUUACGACGUCUAUUUACCCUGUGCCGUGUGUAAAUAGUGAAAAUCAGAUAGCGGACUGGUUUGUAAGUCUGGCCGAGUGUCUUCAUUGGAACGUAAGACAGAGACAGCGUAACCUAUCAAUAACGGAUUGCCAUGUUUGAUUCUUCGCAGCAACAAAUUAGAAUUCAAUUUCCUCUGCAGCUCUGGUCAGAACAUCAUUUCCACGUUAGCCUCGAGCUCAAUGAAAUAUUUUUUGCGGUAAAGCUUUGGCUCUGCCGAUAAGUGAAUUACGAAGCCCUCCUCAGUCACUUUACGUUAGAGUGCUCCAAGGAACGUCAUGAUGCAUUCAUCAUCAGUAACUACUAUCUCAACUGAUGUGUACAGCUUGUGGAAAAUCACGGAUGUGAGUGUGUCAAAAAGAAAUCUGUAACACUUUAGAGGAUUUUUAUGUAUGUCUUCCCUUUUUAAUGUAAAAAACUGUUUUCAGUCAAAGAUUGAAAGAGAACUGGUCACUUCUUCGCCCAUCCAAUAUGCUUUUUAUUUAGUCAAGGAAAGUGAAAUGUAAAUACCUUAUUGUUCAGAAAGCCUCGGACAUCAAGCCAUCGCUGGUGCAGGUGCAAAUUAUGAUCAAUACUGGUAGAUGCAGUUGUCAAUUGGCUCAGGUCAUGCAAGUGUAAAAUCCCAGUUAUGAGGCCUCGGAAGAAACACUGUCCCGAGAGGCCGCUACAUGUGACUUACGUUGAUGGGGUGACAGGGGAUAGGAAGGGGGUGGGGCAAGCUAAUACCAAAAGGAAACGAAACGAAAAAAAAAAUUUAAAGCUGUAGUAUUAAUUACAAUCUGUAACCAAACAAGAUUAGACUUCGAAAGGGACUUAAAAUUGGGAUUCUACGGUAUGCCGACUAACAUAAUUUAACUGUUGUCUGCUCGACCGUAUAUUAUAUUUAUUAAGGUGAAUCAUCCAUUCGCGUAACGUACUAUCGAUUUGAUUCAGAGUUGUUAAGUCGUACCUUUGUUAAAAGUCUUUCAGUGAAACAACAUUAAAUAUCCAUGGCCAUGGUAGAGAGUAGAUGAUUUUUCCAUAUUUACGCGAGUACCGUCAAGUCUUCUUUUUAACUGUGAAAAGUUCAUAACUUUGUAACAAUGCGUAUUCGUCCUUCUCUUCAAUUGCAAUUCUGACUGUUAUUGAUGGUAAGGACUUUCCGGUGAGACUAACAGCUUCAUAGUUCUUGGUUCCUCAAAUUUAUAAUAAGUUUGUAGUGAGUUCUAGGGUAUGGUGCACUUUUUUGAAUUAAUAGUUGCGUCUCGAGCGUGACAUUAACAAGUAGCUGCAUCCUUAUUGGAUGACUAAAGUGCCUAGCAAUGUAG